GUGUUUGUUGAAAUAGCCAACUAAGUAAACGUGUCAUUCUUACUUACAGCUAUGAAGUUGUCCGUCGCUCUUGUUGUUGUUUCCCUUGUUUUCGCUGCGUCAGAGGUCACCGAGGAAGAUGAUGUACUUGUAUUAAAUAAAAAGAACUUUGAUGACGUUAUCAAAACCAAUAAGUUUGUUUUGGUUGAGUUCUAUGCUCCUUGGUGUGGUCACUGUAAGGCUCUUGCCCCAGAAUACAGUGCAGCAGCCAAAAAGUUAAAGGAAAAAGGUUCGCUAAUCAAACUUGCUAAAGUGGAUGCUACCGUCGAAGAAGAACUUGCUUUCAAACAUGGUGUCAAGGGAUAUCCGACUUUAAAGUUCUUCCGAAACGAACAACCUAUCGAUUUUGGGGGUGAAAGAGACUCCGAUGCAAUCGUAAACUGGUGCUUGAGAAAAUCCAAACCUUCCGUGGAAUAUAUUGACUCAAUAGAUAGUUGUAAACAAUUUAUCGACAAAGCUAACAUUGCCAUAUUAGGAUUUAUCAAGGAUACGGACUCGUUGGAUCUGGCAGAUUUCGAAAAAGUGGCCGACGAGUUAGAUGAUGCUGAUUUUGCAAUAGCUAAUUCCAGUGAGAUUUUGACUGAGUAUGGUAUCACGCAGACACCAAAAAUUGUUCUGUUUAAAAAUUUCGACGAAAAUCGUGUUGAAUAUACGGGAAAAACGCUGGAACAUCUAAAGCAUUUCAUACAAGUGGAAAGUGUCCCUCUUGUGUCAGAAUUCUCCCAGAAAACCGCUGGAGUUGUAUUCGGAAGUCCAAUUCAGAAACACAUCGUCUUCUUCCUCUCAAAAUCAACAGACCACUCGGAUCUCGUUGAAAAACUGACAGAAGUUGCAAGACAAUUCAAAGGCAAGCUCCAUGUGAUAUACGUCGACGUUGAUGUCGAAAACAACUUACGUGUGUUGGAAUUUUUCGGGCUUUCAAAAAGUGAUGCCCCAACUUACCGUAUUAUCGAACUUGGUGAAGAAACAACUAAAUAUAAACCAGAUACUAACGAUUACUCUGUUUCCGCAAUGUCUGAUUUCGUUCAAAGAACAAUCGAUGGAAAGGUCAAACCAUUCCUCAUGAGUGAAGAAAUACCAUCAGACCAAACCGGUGCUGUUAAAGUUCUUGUUGGAAAAAUUUAUAACGAUGUGGUUAAAGAUAAAUCAAAAGACGUGUUUGUCAAACUAUAUGCUCCUUGGUGUGGUCAUUGCAAGGCUCUUGCUCCAGUUUGGGAUGAAUUGGGUGAGACUUUUAAGAACUCAGAUACGGUGAUCGCAAAAAUGGAUGCUACUGUUAAUGAAGUUGAAGAUCUUAAAGUUACCAGUUUUCCAACUCUAAAGUUUUAUCCAAAGAACUCGGAUGAGGUAUGUAAAUAUUGACCUUAACAAUCAUUCAACAAAUCACUUUCACGGUCAGUGCCGAAUGACUCUUUUUCAUAUAGUUUGAGCCACUAUAGCAUAGCGUACUUCUUGUUGCAUUUCUUCGUUAAGUCUUAAUGCCGUAGGUGGUGAAUCGAGAGCUGCAAAGAAUUUUGUUUUCUGAGGUAUCUUGUGUUUCAGUGUGAUCAUUUCUGGCAAAUAUCUUAUUUUAUUCUGGAUAAUAGUUCUGAUGUAUUCACUACACAAUUACAUUCUGUUCCUUUAGUUGGUAGUUUUAAGAUUUCGAUUAGUUUUUUCUUUAGGACAUUCCUUCUUUGUGUUCAGUGGAUAUACUGAAACGCUCGCCUCUACAUGAAGUAAUCUUUGAUACUAUCCAGAACGAUGAUGAAAAGUGUUCAAUUAGACCAUCUAGCUCUGAAAACUCAAUAACAUCAAAAGCAGCUACCCGGACUUCAAAUCUUCAUUUCAAUAUGUUACUGUUAUCGAACUGUAGAUUUUUCCUCGAGAAUCACGAUGCUCAAGUUCGAUACCUGAUGGUCAGAUGUUUCAUAGAUUAACACUAAGUCUUUCUGAUCUUUAGAUCUCUGAUUUCUAUGAAGAAAUAAAAUAAGUGGUGUAACUCAUAUAUUAGGUACAGGUUUACAUACUCUACUUCAAGCUAAACAAUGUAUAAGCUGUGCUGAUAUUGCGUGACUACCGCCUAUUGGCUGGAAGGUGAGUGCUUCAACUACUACACAGCUAAGCAUUUUAAACAAAUAUUACGGAAAUCUUCCAGUCUUAAUCAAAAUGAUCUCAUUUAAAAGAUAGCCUUAACUCAUUCAUAAUGAUACUGAAUCCUGAUAUUGUGAUAAGCGUAAAACACUUGUAGAAAUAAGAAUUGUUUAAGUAAUAGAUCAAUUAAUAUAAACACUUGACCUCAUAUCACAUAUUAACAAGGUGGACAGUAGUUCUUAAACAUUAAACUAGUUAUUUGUUUUAGGUCACCUUAUUAUAGAAAAACCUAGUUUUUCAAAACGUUUCAUCUACUUAAUUAACUUCUAUGUUUUCAUAGCUCGUACUAACUAAAAACUACUUCUGAUUUUGAAAUUCACAGGUUAUUGAUUAUACAGGUGAUAGAUCAUUUGAAGCCCUGAAAAAGUUUGUCGAGUCUGGUGGUAAAUCUAGCGAAGCAACUAAACAAGAAGAUCAAAUAAAGGAUGAACUUUAAAGUUGCUUCCCUUUUAAGGCUUUAUUUUGCUUUUGUCCUCGUAUCUCUUUUGCUCUGAAGAUCUGUUUUCUCCAUUUCUAAUAAAAAAACAAUGAGCAUUAGUUUCCUUUUUGUCCAUUAUUACUAGUUGUUUGUAAGCACACAUUUGUUUUGAUGAAGUGCUAUUUGACAGUGCAUUUCCAUGAAAAUGUUUCUCGAGUUUUCUUUUUGUACCAUCUUAAUUGUUUUUUUCUUUUUAAGCAUUUUUUGAAUUCUGCUAAAUUAAACUUGUUGUAUUUAUUUGUAAAUUCAACUUGUAUAGUAAACAUGGAAGGAUUUAUGCU